CUCGCCACAAGCAUCACUGUCGCUUGCUCGGACAGAUCGCAGUGCAGCCAUGGUAGACGCGGACGUGCCGCAGACAGAGGUUGCACCUGUGGCGGUCUUCAAGAAAAGGGGCGCCAAAGGCAAGGCCAACCUGAGGAAACGACCCGCAACGCCACCUCCCGCCGAAAGCGACAGCGACAACGACGACUACUCAUCUUCCGAAGAUGAGGCUGGGCAACGAGUGAAGCGGCGCAGAAAGAACGCGGCAGUCACAGUCACGUCGAAGAGCGGUACUGGCAGUAAUAGGGACCUGGUGGCGGCCAAGUUCACGGCAGACCGAAGCGCCCCGAUCACGAGCGCAAACGAUGCGACCAAACAGAGCAACUGGUACGACGAGGAUGCCGCCGAUGCCAUGUCGGCGAAAAACCUGCUCGGCUCGACGCGCUCUCUAGCGCAAGGGGGGCAAGAGCCUGACGGCACCUACAAGGGCCUUGCGAACCAAACAUCCUUCAUACAAAAGAACCCGGACGCGCCGCAAAGAAAAGUAGGCCCCAUCAAGGCGCCGACUAACAUUCGAACAAUUACCGUCACGGACUUCGCACCAGAUGUUUGUAAGGAUUACAAGCAAACCGGUUUCUGUGGAUUCGGUGAUAACUGCAAGUUCCUCCACAGCAGAGAAGAUUACAAGCAAGGCUGGCAGCUUGAUAAAGAGUGGGAGAAUGUGACCAAGGGCAAGAAGAAUCUGGGAGGGACAGUGGUGGCCAAUGCCAACCGCGAGCUAGCCAUGGACGACGAGGAGGAGGAGGAGGCGAUGCUCGAGAACAUACCCUUCGUCUGCAUCAUCUGCAAGGACGCAUACAAGGAGCCGGUGGUGACGAGAUGUGGACACUACUUUUGCGAGGCCUGUGCCCUCAAGAGAUAUAGGCGAGACCCGACGUGUGCUGCUUGCGGGGCGGGCACCAACGGGGUGUUCAACGGAGCCAAGAGACUCAAGAGGCUUCUCGAGAGAAAACGAGAGCGUGCGGCGAAGAGGAGACAGGAGGCGAUAGAAGCCGGCGAAGAGGUCAGUGACGAGGACGAGGAGGACGAGGCUUGAAAGCCUGCUCGCAUGGGAGGGCGUGGGAGCUCCUUGGUGAAUAAGGAAUUGAUGUCAUAGCAUAACGAGGCGUUUGUGUUUGCCAGAGUUUUCGCAUUUUCGCGGGUUUGAUCAGAGGCGACUGGCCUCACAGCGUGGUCAUCUACAGCCCCAAAUGUGCAGACUGUGAGUGAUGCAACCUAGUAUACUGUAAAUAUCGGCAUGAAUUCAUGUCAGCCAGAGAUGUGCUAGUAGAGGUAGCACGUAAACCUACAAACAACCGUCUAGCAUUGUUAGGG